AUGUCAGCUUCUCCAAUGAGCUCACCAAGCGACCCAGCCGGAGAAACCGCCGCAGCCGCCAAUCCUGAGAACAAAAAGAACGAUGGGCUCUUCGUGACGUGGACCGGGCCCGAUGACCCAGGCAACCCCCAGAACUAUUCCAUCCCUCGCAAGAUCUUCAUCACAUCCAUAUGGGUGUACGGAAAUCUGGUAGUUGCCAUUGGCAGCAGCAUCUGGAGCAGUUGUGCUACAGCCAUAAAAGCAGAGUUCCACGCCAGCAACAUUGUCGUUACUCUGGGUGUUAGCUUGUUCCUCGUGGGCUACGCUAUGGCUCCCCCAAUUUGGGGACCGCUGUCUGAAAGAUUUGGACGCAAGUGGCCGAUGACUCUCGGCAUGCUUCUCUUCACAAUCUUUUGCAUCCCCGCCGCGGUCGGCAUCAACCUCGAGACGCUCCUCAUCGCUCGCUUCUUCCAGGGUGCUUUCGGAUCGGCAGCUCUUGCCCUUGUUGGCGGUGGUAUUGUGGACAUUUGGAGUCCCGCGCAUAGAGGCGUGGCCAUCGCCGCCUGCAUCGGCACCAUUUUCGGGUCCCCUAUUCUUGCUCCCAUCAUUGGCAACUUCAUUGAAGAUUCAUACCUUGGCUGGCGCUGGACCCAAUGGAUCAGCUGCAUCAUGGGCGGAUGCGCGUUCUUCCUGUGCCUGUUUUGUCUUCCUGAGACACUGGCUCCUAUGAUCCUAAACGCUCGCGCUCUCAAGCUCCGCCAGAGCGGGGAGAACCCAGAAGCCCAGACGAUGUUUGACAACAUGAAGCAAGCGAGUCUCGCCGGUAUCGUGCGCAUUUAUCUCAUACGACCCUUUAAGCUCCUGGCUACAGAACCAAUUCUGCUCCUAGUUACCAUAUACCAAUCCUUCAUCUAUGGUAUGUUGUACCUAGUCUUCGUAUCAUACCCCAUUGAGUUUCGCGAAAUCCGAGGUUGGGCACCGGGUAUCAGCGCCCUGCCUUUCCUAGGCCUUACGGUGGGCGUCUUGAUCGGUGCCACCUUCGUCGUCUGGCACACCAAAACGAGGUUCGCGGCCGCUGUUGAAGCCAGCGGAGGAAAAGUCGUCCCGGAGCAGCGUCUCCCGCUCAUGAUCAUGGGUGGCUGUCUUCUCCCCGUGGGCCUGUUCACAUUUGCCUGGACCUCGCACCCGGAUAUACACUGGGCCGGCAUGGUCGUCGGUAGCAUCCCGACCGGCAUGGGCAUGUACAUGGUGUUUGUCCAGUGCUUCAACUACCUAAUCGACGUGUACGCGCCCAUCGCAAACAGUGCCAUCGGUGGGAACACCUUCAUCCGCAGCUUCUUCGGCGCUGGGUUCCCGCUCUUUGGCCCUUACAUGUACCACAAUCUGGGUGUCGACUGGGCAACGAGCACGCUUGGCUUCAUCAGCAUUGCCAUGAUUCCGAUCCCCAUUCUCUUCUACAAGUACGGCUACAGAAUUCGAUCAUGGUCCACCAAUUCCAUCAGCAGUGUCUAG